UGCUGGGGGAACGGGGGACGCCCCGGGGAGUUCCGUGACGGGCGGGCUGUGAGGCUGCCGGGCGGGCGCUCGGAGGCGGCUCUUCCCCUCCCGCAGGCCGGCGCUGUGCGAUAACCGCUCUGCUCGGUCUGCGGAGCGGCGCUUCUGUUGUGUCCGGGCUUGGGAAAUUCGGCUGAGAGUUUCUGUUCCUUUUUUUGUCUGCGAGCAGAGGGCCCUUUUCUUCACCUUUCCCCUCCAGGUCUGCUGUCGGAUGCUAUGAUGGACGUUCCUGUGGACAGCGCGGCCGCGGCGAGGACGGCAGCGCCCGAGGGGCUGAGCGCUGCUGAGGAGGAGGAGCUGAGGGCUGAGAUUGCCAAGGUUGAAGAAGAAAUUGGUACUCUCAGACAAGUUCUGGCUGCUAAAGAAAGGCACUGUGGAGAGCUGAAGAGGAAGCUAGGUUUGACUCCCUUGGAUGGGUUGAAGCAAAACCUGUCUAAGAGCUGGCACGACGUACAAGUCUCCAACGCUUAUGUGAGAACAUCUGAGAAACUUGGAGAGUGGAAUGACAAAGUGACACAGUCUGACUUAUAUCUUUCAGCCAGCAGCACUCUGGAGGACUGGAAUGAAAAAUUAACUCAAUCAGAAGCUUAUAAGAAGACUCAAGAAACCCUUUCCCAAGCAGGACAGAAGACUUCAGCAGCCCUUUCCAAUGUAGGUUCUGUUAUCAGCAGGAAACUUGGGGACAUGAGGAAUUCUGCAACCUUCAAGUCAUUUGAAGAUAGAGUUGGGACCAUAAAGUCCAGAGUGGUGGGCAGCAGGGAAAACAGCACUGAUGGCCUCCAGUCCCCCUCAGCUGGAGACAAGCCCCCGCAGGACAACGCUCCUUUCUAGACCUGCAGUGUGGCUUUGCACAGCUGUGCAUGACUCCAAGAGCAAGCCUCCUCCCUCCCAAAUCUUCACAACAGCAACAACAUGCAGAUCCAUGAAGGGGCUGAGAGCCAGUCUGGAGAGAUCCAUAACUCAUUCAUAGACACUGCUGCUGGAUCUAAGUCAAAUAAAGAGAAUGCAAAGUUUUGUACACAGAUAAUAUUUUACACUAAAGUUUGUAGAUGAAUUGUAUCACUGUGCUGUCCUUUUGGGAGAGCACUGAAGAUGGAGUUUCCCUAAAGUAGCUCAGAAAUGCCACUGGUGUAGAAAAAGCAUUUUUUUUCCCCACUUCUGUUGUCUCUUGGAACAGUUAAACUGCCAUGUGCAGUGUGAGGAGGGCAGUUAGAGGAGAAACCAAGAGGAGGGGCAUCUUAGCUUCAGCUUCUGGCUGUGUUCUGUGUUCAGGGCUUGCCAUGCAGCUACUCCCCGAUCUCCCAGGCUUCUCCUAUUACUGCUUCCUCUGGUUCUCAUUGGAACAGUCUGUUAAAUGGGGCAAACAGUUGUUUUUCUGAGCUUCCAAGAGGGAAACUUCACUUAGCAGCUGCCUCGUUGUUACACUAAUGCUCUAGCUUUAACAAAACUAAGAUCUUUAUUUUUAAAUGCAAUGAACUUUAAAGAAAUAAAGCUUAAAAACAACAACAACAAAAAAAGCUUUGGCAUCAUAUUAGGGAAAUGCUCCCUUGGACUCUGAAACUGAAUUGCAAGCCUUACAUCACCUUACGCUUUACUUGUUUAUGGUUUUUUUUUCUAUAGAGAAGACUGUAAGGGUUAUAAAGCUGGAUAUUGAGCACUGGAGUUUUGCAUCAUACAGUAGUAGCAGCAUGCUUGUGAGCCAGUUUUUGUGUAAACUUUCAGUGGUGCACUCUAUUGCCCAGUGUGUAAAACUUGCUUCUCCCUUCUCAGCUUUUGUUCUUGGAGGAAAAGAAAUCUGAAGGCUGCUAGCAACAGGGCCAGGUUUAAAAAGGACAAAGCUGUUGCUAGUAGUACUAUGCUAUACUGGAAGGACUCUGCUCUCUGGGGGCGUCUCUGUCUGGUACAUCUGACUGUAACUGUGUGGGUUUUUCAGCUGGAAGCCCCAGCUGCAACCUUGGUUUACAAAACCAGCAGAGAGUCACAGAGCUCACCGGUUCCCAGAGCAGGCGGUUUGCUCUUUUGAUGCCCAGCUUCAUUGCUUGGGAUUAGUGAUAAGUUGUGAAUUGUUUUACAGAGGCCUGAGCUUAUUCUAGGCAAGGUACCUCCAUAUAGAGCGAGCAAUUCUGUGCCUUAGAGGCCAAGUGGGACUUAUUCAGGUCUUUAGGCUUGCCUAUGUACAUAUCUGGUAGCUUUAGUGGUUUAUCACCCCGAAGGGACUGAACUGCCUGACCCUUCCUUAGAGAAGCAAGUUUUGACACUUUUCUGCUGAUUAAUCCCCACAUUCCCCACCCCUGCUCCCCUGCUGAUGGGGACCCUCAGUGUGAGUAGCAGGCAGAUGUGCUGGCAGUAGGAGUGGAGUGUCAUUUCCAGCCUGCCCUGUUUGACCGAAGCUGGCCUCUGCGCGAGGAGCGGUGAGACGGGCUGCUGGAGAUUGGGUCUGAAACUGUUUCUCAUCACAGAUCAAUUUUGAGGAAUCUUGUCAAUAAAGCAUUCCUUUGGGAGAAAACGGGG